AUGGCGGAGGAAGAAGCGCUGACUGCGUCGGAGCCACUGGCACUUGAGACAUCGUUUACGCAUUGGGCUCGUUAUAUGGAAGUAACAAUUGGCGAGUCACGAGUUGUGUCCGUGGAGCAAGAUCCAGACUCUUUUGUUUUAGGAACGACUGUCUGGGAUAGCAGCAAGACCUUGUUCAAGUUCAUCGAGCAACGAGCUGAUAGAUUCCAGCGUUUUACAUCCAUUUGUGAGCUUGGUGCUGGUUGUGGAGGACUUGCAGGUAUUGCAAGUGCAAUUGUCACAGCUGGUCUCACCGAUGUAGUGCUUACGGACAUUGGACCAGUGCUUCCAUGGCUAAGACGCAAUGUAAGAGAAAAUCUGACGGACCAGGAGCUACAGCGCGUCCGAGUUGAGCAACACGCUUGGGGCACGCCACUGACGAAUCUGAAGGCACCAAUUGACUGCAUUUUGUGUGCAGAUGUAGUGUACGAGAAGGCGUGUGUAAAGCCGUUGGUGCAGUCGAUACUCGCUUUAUCGCAUCGCAAGACGGUCAUCUUCUUGGCUAAUGAGCGUCGUGCACCGGAAGUCCGAGCCGAGUUUAUGCGCUAUUUGGAUGCCUAUUUUCAGUGGAAGGAAGUGCCGAAAGCAGAACUGGAUGCAAAGUAUCUCAAAGACGCAAUUGAAGUGUUUGAGAUGAAACCCAAGAAGCGCAAAGUGCCGCUCGAGAUGCAGAUUGUGGUACCUGAGAAUUAUAAUGCCGAUGAGCAGGAGUAUCAUCCAUUACGCAAUGGAGAUGGAAACGAGGUGGAUCCGUACGAUCGUGAUCUCUGGAAUGACCUGUUGCGAGACUUAUCGCUUGAUCCUGCAGAUAGACAGCAAUGUUGA